CCCCUCGCUCCUUUCCUUAGCUCCUUUCUGUAAUUUUGUAAAAAAAACAAUUAAAGUACUCGUUUUCCACGUUUUCUAGCUACUUUAUAUCAUCUGUUUACAUAAAUUUAUGCAGGUGUGUGUAUGUGGUGCGUCGGUCGUGGAAAUUGACAUGUUUAACGAAAACUAGUGCUCUUUGACCAGCGUCCUUUUGUUAUUGUUUUUGGUGUCCUAAAUGCGAAUUGUGAUGGAGCCCGAGCCUUUGGGCAUCCCUGCGCCUCUAGUGCGCCUCAAGGACUUACCAAGGUGGGGAGAUGCCCCACUUGGUAUGCACACCACCGUCAGCAUACCCUCUGGGGGGCCCAAGCUACCUAAUUCUUCCCCCUUUCCAUUGGACGACAGUAUCAACAGAAAAAUAAUUUUGUGGGAUGGCGAUAUCGCCUCGUUACAAGUUGACGCUGUAGUCAAUUCGACAAACGAGUCGCUGAAUGACAGCAACCCUGUCAGCGAUAGCAUAUUCCAUAGGGCUGGGCCAAAUUUGAAAGAAGAAAUUAGAAUGGAUGUUAGAGAGUGUCAGACUGGAGAGGUAAAAGUGACGCAGGGCUAUUCUUUACCCGCCCGGUAUAUAAUUCACACUGUGGGCCCCAAGUACAAUAUCAAAUAUCAAACGGCUUCCGAAAACACUCUCCAUAUGUGUUACAGAAACGUCCUUCAAAAAGCGAAGGAACUGAACAUCCGUUCCCUGGCCAUCCCCGUCAUCAAUAGCGUGAAGAGGAACUACCCCCCGGACCAGGGCGCGCACAUAGCUUUGCGCACGGUGCGCCGAUUCAUGGAGACGCACGGCGCUACCCUCGACACUGUGAUAUUCGUCGUUGACAAAUUAGAUUUAGGUAUAUACGAAGUGUUGUUGCCUUUGUACUUCCCGAGGUCGAAGCAGGAGGAGAGCGCGGCUAGAUACCAACUGCCUAGUGAUAUAGGCGGUUUUUAUGGCGAGCCUAUAAUGCCUGACCGGCAAAUCAGGAUUAUAGACAACCCGCAACACACAUUACACGCUGACGAUGAGUCGUUAUCCAUCGGAUCCCACCUAGAGGUCGCUCUUGGUGAUGCUGGGACCUUUGCUCAAAUGCAGGCCGACCCCGACAGACAACGCCUCCUAGGGGAGAGGCCUUUGCACGACCCUAUAGCUGACAUCAUGCUCAAGGAGAUCCAGCAUCAAGAGAGAUAUGAAAAACUGUUAAGGAGAGCACGCAGUGAGGACCUUACGGAAGUGUCUGGUAUAGGCUGUCUUUACCAAAGCGGCGUAGAUCGCCUGGGUAGACCCGUGGUGGUAUUCGUGGGAAAAUGGUUUCCUUUCAACAAAAUCAACUUGGACAAGGCGUUACUCUACUUGAUCUACUUACUCGAUCCCAUAGUUAAAGGCGACUACGUCAUAGCAUACUUCCACACGUUGACGUCAAGCAGUAACUAUCCAUCAUUUUCUUGGCUGAGGGAAGUAUACAACGUACUUCCGUACAAGUACAAAAAAAAUCUGAAAGCGUUCUACGUGGUGCAUCCCACAUUCUGGACAAAGAUGAUGACGUGGUGGUUUACUACUUUCAUGGCACCAGCGAUCAAACAGAAGGUCCACAGUUUACCUGGCGUGGAGUAUUUGUAUUCUGUCAUGUCUCCUGACCAGCUAGAAAUACCAGCAUUCAUCACAGAAUACGAUAUGACCAUUAAUGGUUUGAGGUACUUCCAGCCAGGUGGCGCUCCGACAUAAUUCUAACCCCCCUUUUUCGUGUCCCUCCCCCUCGUAUUCUAGCUCAAAACCCAACGCCGCAAUCGCGAGAGAUUAAAAAAAACUAGUAUUAUUAAUUACACACAGGUGAUAAGACGCAAUAUUUUAUUAAAAAAAACAUGAAAUAAAAGAAGUAUAUUAUAAUAUGAAGAGAGGAAAUUUUAAGAGAUAAUAGAUAAAAAAAUGAACUAAUAUUAUUAUUAAUAUAGUGCUACUUGUUACGUUAUAAGUGUGUGCCAAUCGUAUAUCGUUAUUUCGACUAUUUGAAGAUAAAAAAAUAUGUGAGAGAGAGAGAGAUAAAAAGAAGCUACAUAACUAUUUUUUAACUGAAAAAAAAAGAGUUACUUAUCUGGGAUAUUUUUAUUGGAAUGCGUGAUGUGUGAAUGAUAAGCGUGAAAUAAAUUAUUGCUUGAAGCAAAAAUAAAAUAAGAAUAUUGUUGACGCAAAGCAAAACAUUUUCUAACGCUCUGUAUAUUAUUAUCGACUAGAUAGAAGCAAAUCUCAGUUUUGAAAUGCCUGUAUACCUUAAAAACUACAUCCUGUAUAUUUUGGGGAUUUUUAAAAUCGACUUUCUGUUUUAUAGAAUAUGUUGUAUAUUUCUGUAGAAUGAAAAAAAAAUAGGUAUUUUAAAACUGACAUUUUUUUCUGCUUCUGUUUUUUUUUCGUUAAAAAAUUAACAAAUUCAAAUGGAAUAUAAUUAUAAAAGGCUUUAAACACAAAUGAUUUGGGAUUUUUUACAUCAUUUAACAUAUAAUCAAUUGAAAAAUAAAUGUUUAGUGUUUUUAGAGUAAAAUAAUUUUACGGGACAUUUGACCUACUCUAUCAAUAAUGCCUUGAAAAGGGCACUAUGAUGCUUCUUUUUUCCAUAAUACGGUUUAAAAAUUGUUAAAUGACGCUCAUAUGGAAUAAAAUCUAAAAUUAUAAAAAGGUUUUCUUUAAAAAUUAACACAAAUAAUUCCGGUUUUUUUUUUCAAUGAUUAAACGUGAUAGUCAUUUGAUAAAAUAAUGUUUUAUUGUUUUUAGAGUAAAAUAAUGUUACGGGACAUUUGACCUACUCUAUCAAUAAUGCCUUGAAAAGGGCACUACUAUACUUUUUUUCAAUAAUACGGUUCAAAAAUUGUUCAAAGACGUUCAAAUGGAAUAAAAUCUAAAAUUAUAAUUCCCGAUUUUUUUUUCAAUUUUGUGUGUUUUCGAGAAAAAUUGAUUACGGGACAUUUGAACUACUUUAUGAAUAAUGCCUUGAAAAUUUUUAUUUAUUGUAUUCCAGACUAGCAUUAAUGCUUAUAUUCCAUGCGAAUUUUUGAUAAUGCUUAUAAUUUGAGGGCCCCAAAUCCCGCUCUAACCAAACUUAUGCUUACAGGGUUGUUGAAUAGUUAAAAUAAAAUCUAAAACGCACCGUAUUAGUAACCGUUCACCCGUUUCGUCGUUUUCAAUCCUAUCACACCCCCUUUUUGACGAUUUUAUAGACAUUUGUGAUUGAAACAGUGAGCAGUGAAUCUUGAGCUCAGCGAGCCUUAGUCGACAUACUAGUUCGUUAGUAAGAUUGUUAUUACAUUCCGUUUUAAAUAAAAGAAAUAAAAAUGCUUUUUUACCAUGCGAUUUCAUGGUAUAGCGGUAGGGUUGUCUUGAAAUAUCGAUAUUUUUAUUUUAAAAAUAUAUCGAUAUUUAAAGGUCGAUAGUGUCAGGCAUCCCUAUAUAGGUGAAAUGUUGUUAACAGUUUUUUAGGUAGGUUUGAAGAGGAAACAAAGCAUUUUAGAGCUGUGUGUGGUAUCAGGGUUCUUUAAAAGUGCAAAAACAGUAGAAAAGAAGCAUGUAACAGCAGUAUAGUAUAUUUUCCAGUCUCAAUAUACCAUAAAACUGACCAAAAUUAAAGAAAAUAUCUUUGGACUCGAACGAAAAGUACUUUUCUGCUCCGUACAUAUUUUUCUCGCAUUCACAAAAAGGAACAAUCAGAGUGAUACCUCAUUCUAGUUAAUUGUUUUGCUAAGAUAUACAAGGCUUUUCGGAUAUAGCCCUGUAUACGAUGAUUUGUUUAUACAGGGUGGUCGUUAAAAGUACGCCAAGAAAAUUUCUUAAAUAUUUUUUUUUGGGAAAAUUUAUAUGUUUGUAGGAUUUUUUUUUGAAAUUUCUUAGGCGUUCUUUAGAAUCACCCUGUAUUGUUUUAGUGCAAAUUCGGCUUUAAUACGUAGAACGUAAGACUUUAGUUUUAAGUUAUUUUUUUUAUGUAGUCCAACUAAUUUUAUGUAAUUAUAUAAUACGUUAUACUCGUUACAAAUUAAUCAUUUUUUUUUUAAGUUAUAUCCAAUUAUAUAAGUUUCUACUUAACAGAAGGUAUAUAGUAAAUAACAGGUGGUUCAGAGAUAGAUGAAGAUAUAAAUAUAUUUUUUUGAUGGUCACCCCAAGUUAUAUAUUUUAAUAAUUUUAUUGUAAAGAAAUCCUUGAGGUAUAUUGUUAUCGCAAAUAAAUAAAAAUAAUAUUAUUGACUA